GGCCUGAACAAUGACAUGAUGACAGGCCAGGGUAACCUAACCUCUACUGAUAUUUAUGUUCAAAUAAGUUGACAGAAGUCUUGUAGAAUGUGAUACUCAUUUAAGGUUAAAGUUAAUAAUUAAUUUAUGAAUUAAUACUGGUCAGCAAGAAACUAAUAUAAAAGAUCUGUUUCUCUGAGGAGCUCUUCACAAACCAUCAGCCAUGAGAGCUGUUGUGCUUGCCCUGACUGUAGCCCUAGUGGCAAGUCAACAGAUCAACCUUGUUCCUGAGUUUGCCCUGGAUAAGACCUAUGUGUACAAGUAUGAGGCUAUGCUCUUGGGUGGUCUUCCUCAAGAAGGUCUGGCCAGAGCAGGUAUAAAAGUCAGCAGCAAGGUUCACCUCAGUGCCGUGACUGAAACCACCUUCCUGAUGAAGCUCAUGGAUCCUUUACUCCACGAGUAUGCUGGCAUUUGGCCCAAGGAUCCAUUUGUUCCUGCCACUAAGCUCACCUCAGCUCUGGCUGCUCAGCUUCAGAUUCCCAUCAAGUUUGAGUAUGCUAAUGGUGUAGUUGGAAAGGUAUUCGCCCCUGCAGGAGUCUCCCCUACAGUACUGAACUUGCACAGAGGAAUCCUCAACAUCCUUCAGCUCAAUCUCAAGAAGACCCAGAACAUCUAUGAGCUGCAAGAGGCUGGAGCUCAGGGAGUGUGCAGGACCCACUAUGUCAUCAGUGAGGAUCCAAAGGCCAACCACAUUAUUGUCACCAAGUCCAAGGAUCUGAGCCACUGCCAGGAGAGAAUCAUGAAGGACGUCGGCUUGGCAUACACUGAGAAGUGUGCUGAAUGCACAGAGCGGGUGAAGAGUCUGAUUGAAACUGCAUCUUACAACUACAUCAUGAAACCAGCUGCAGCCGGUGUACUGAUCGCUGAAGCAACAGUUGAGGAAGUGCAUCAGUUUUCACCCUUCAAUGAGAUCCAUGGUGCUGCCCAGAUGGAAGCAAAACAAACCUUAGCUUUUGUUGAGAUUGAGAAGACCCCCGUCGUUCCAAUCAAAGCUGAUUACUUGGCCCGUGGAUCCCUGCAGUAUGAGUUUGCAACUGAGAUUCUUCAGACCCCCAUUCAACUCAUGAAGAUCAGUGAUGCACCAGCACAGAUUAUCGAGGUCCUAAAGCACUUGGUUGCAAACAAUGUGGCCAUGGUCCAUGAUGAUGCUCCACUUAAGUUUGUUCAGCUCAUCCAGCUCCUGCGUGCUGCCACCUUGGAGAAUAUUGAAGCCAUAUGGGCUCAGUUCAAGGACAAACCAGUUUACAGGCGCUGGCUUCUGGAUGCUCUUCCUGCUGUUGGCACACCAGUCAUUGUGAAAUUCAUCAAGGAGAAGUUCCUGGCUGGUGAACUUACCACUCCCGAGUUCAUUCAGGCUCUUGUGGUUGCUCUGCAAAUGGUCACUGCUGAUUUGGACACCAUCCAGUUGACAGCUAGUUUGGCUUUGCACGAGAAAAUCGCCACAAUCCCAGCUCUGCGUGAAGUCGUCAUGCUUGGAUAUGGUUCCAUGAUUGCCAAACACUGCGUUGCAGUUCCCACUUGUCCUGCCGAGCUCCUCAGGCCCAUCCAUGAGAUUGCUGCAGAAGCCAUUUCCAAAAAUGACAUUCCUGAAAUCACUUUGGCUCUGAAAGUUCUGGGCAAUGCUGGUCACCCUGCUAGUCUUAAACCCAUCAUGAAGCUCCUACCUGGACUGAGAACUGCAGCUACUUCUCUGCCUCUUAGAGUCCAGGUUGAUGCCAUCUUGGCCCUGAGGAACAUUGCCAAGAAGGAGCCCAAACUGGUUCAGCCAGUGGCUCUACAGCUUGUAUUGGACAGGGCUCUCCACCCAGAAGUGCGAAUGGUUGCUUGUAUUGUGUUGUUUGAGGCAAAGCCCUCAGUGGCCCUUGCCUCAAGUCUUGCUGGUGCUUUAAAGACUGAGACUAACAUGCAUGUUGCAAGCUUUGCUUAUUCCCACAUCAAGUCCUUGACCAGAAUCACUGCUCCUGAUAUGGCAGCUGUUGCUGGUGCAGCUAAUGUUGCCAUCAAGCUCAUGAGCCGCAAGCUGGACAGGCUUAGCUUCCGUUUCAGCAGAGCCCUUCAGCUGGACUUCUAUCAUACUCCUCUUAUGAUUGGAGCUGCUGGUAGUGCCUACAUGAUCAAUGAUGCCGCCACCAUCCUGCCCAGAGCUGUUGUAGCUAAAGCACGUGCUUACCUGGCUGGAGCUGCUGCUGAUGUUCUUGAGAUUGGUGUGAGAACUGAAGGAAUCCAGGAGGCUCUUCUGCAAUCUCCUGCUGCAGAUGAAAGUGUUGACCGUGUCACAAAGGUUAAGCGUACCCUGAGAGCACUUGCAAACUGGAAGGCCUUUCCAACCAAUCAACCACUGGCUUCAGCAUACGUCAAAUUACUUGGACAAGAAGUGGCUUAUUUAAACAUUGACAAGACCGUCAUUGAAGAAGCAAUACCGAUUGCCACUGGACCCAAACCACGUGAACUGUUGAAGGCUGCCCUUAAAGCUUUGCAGGAAGGAAUUGCCUUUCAGUACGCCAAACCCCUGCUUGCAGCUGAAGUGCGUCGUAUCUUGCCAACAGCAGUUGGUGUGCCCAUGGAGCUCAGUUUUUACACUGCUGCUGUUGCUGCUGCAAGUGUCAAUGUUAAGGCCACAAUUACACCUCCUCUCCCUGAGGAGAUUGAAACUAUGACUCUUGAGCAGCUGAAGAAGACUGAUGUUCAAUUCCAAGCUGAAGCAAGACCAAGUGUUGCUCUCCAGACCUUUGCUGUGAUGGGAGUGAAUACUGCCUUGAUCCAAGCUGCUGUUAUGGCGAGAGGAAAGAUCCGUACAAUUGCCCCUGGAAAAGUGGCUGCAAGAGCAGACAUUCUCAAGGGCAACUACAAGGUGGAGGCUCUGCCUGUUGAGCUUCCUGAACACAUUGCUGCUGUGAGCUUUGAGACUUUUGCUGUGGUCAGAAACAUUGAAGAGCCCACCGCUGAGAGGACUGUUCCCUUAGUACCUGAGUUGGCCAUGCAAAAUGCCCAGACUCCUGCUGAUUAUUUGUCCUCCGAGAUACCAGAUGAGACUCCUGUGAGAGCUGCUGCUCCAUUUCACAAGACUCUCUGUCUAGCUGUCCCAUACAUUGAAAUCAAGGGGUGCAUUGAGGUGCACUCUCACAAUGCUGCUUUUAUCAGAAAUGCUCCUCUCUUCUACAUAAUUGGACAGCACUCAGCCCGUGCUGCAGUGUCAAGAGCUGAAGGUCCUGCAGUUGAAAGACUGGAGCUUGAGGUCCAAGUUGGUCCUAGAGCUGCUGAGAGGCUCCUGAAGCAAAUCAACCUCAUUGAUGAGGAGACUCCAGAAGGAAAGGCCUUCCUGUUGAAACUGAGGGAAAUCCUGGAGACCGAAGAUAAAAAUGUGCCUGUCUCUUCUGAAAGCAGCAGCAGCAGCCGAAUCAUCAGCAGUUCAAGCUCCUCCAUGUCCAGCUCUCGUGUGACUGAGACUGCCACCAUCAUGGAGCCUUUCAAGAAGUUCCACAAAGAUCGGUACUUGGCACCCCAUGGUGCCUCAAAGGCACGAAGCAGUGGAAGUGCUGCAUCUAGCUUUGAGGCUCUCCAGAAACAGGCUAAGUUCCUCGGAAAUGGUAUUCCACCUGUUUUUGCUGUCAUUGCCCGUGCUGUGAGAGUUGACCACAAGCUGCUGGGCUACCAACUUGCAGCUUACUUUGACAAGCCAACUGCAAGAGUGCAGCUCGUCAUUUCCUCCAUCGCUGAAAAUGACAACCUGAAGAUCUGUGCUGACGGUGCCCUGCUGAGCAAGCACAAAGUCACUGCCAAGGUUGCUUGGGGUCCAGAAUGCCAACAGUAUGCAGUCACUGCUAAAGCUGAAGCCGGUGUCCUGGGCGAAUUCCCUGCUGCACGUAUAGAGCUGGAAUGGGAGAGGCUGCCAGUAAUUGUCACCACCUACGCCAAAAAGCUGUCUAAGCACAUCCCUAUGGCAGCUUUCAAGGCAGGCUUUAGACUUGAAAGAGCAACGAACAGUGAGAAAGAGAUUGAACUGACUGCAGCCUUGCCAACUCAGAGAUCCUUGAAUGUCAUUGCUAGGAUUCCAGAGAUGACACUGUCAAGGAUGGCUAUUCCUCUCCCUGUCGCUGUUCCCAUCAAUCCAGAUGGAACUCUUUCCAUUCAUAUCGAUGAGGACAUUCUCUCCUGGAUCCAAAAACAUAUCAAGGAAGAAUAAGAAAUUAAUUACAUUUUACAUUUUCAGAGGAAAAUGUGAGCUGUACUUGUGUAGAAUUUUUUUCAGUUUAAUUGAAUACAUUAACAAUGUUGUUAUGUAUAUAAUGUAAUACAAUCUAAUGCUAAUAAAUACUCUGCAAGUGUCAGAAUUGUGUGCUGCUUUCACUUUACAGUAACACUCAGUAAAAGUUUUUUUUUUUUUUUUUACACAUUUUCUGAAAGAUAAAUAAAAAUUCAAAGGGGGACCCAAGUUCAAAUCCCGGCAUGUGGUCUUUUCUGACCCUGUCACUCUUACACUUACACUUUGAUUCCUGUCCACUUUCUAUACUGUCCUAAAAAUAAAAUAAAAAAAUACUAAAAAUAAAUCUAAAAAAUGCAGUUAUUUUUUUAUUAUUAUGUCUUUGUCCUUGUUUUAUAUAUUUUAUUUUUAGCUUAUACAUUUACAAUCAUACACAGAUCUUUCCUGAUAUCUGAAAAUCGUCGAACACACUUGUCAAUACAGUAAAGUGACAGACUAGUCACACAUCACCAUCUACAGACAUUUAUGAAUGGAGUGCCCCAUUACAUAUACAGUAAAUUCUAAGUACUCUUAUGUGUACAAAUCCAUUCUUCACUAGGCCUACUUUUUGGGGAAAACAUGUCCCUGUCUUUCACUUGUUUUGUCAAAUUUAAAAGUAUCUUCACCUUCACCCUGCCUUCAUGUGGUAUCAGACAAAUUGCAAAUAAUACUGCAAAUGGGAGUCAUGUGAAAUGACUUAGAGCUCUUGUAGCCUACAUUUGGCCCCUUUUUGUCGAUUUUUUGUUUUAUUUUAAGUUUUAUUCAA